UGACUGCGUUUUUACCAGUCAGUCAGUGUGUGUUGGAUCUCUCGACAGUAUGCCAGACUGGACGCCGUUACAGCAGCUUAAAGGGCACAAACGCUCUGUUAUUUGCCUUGACCAUUCCAGCAAAUCUUUCAUUGGCGGGAGUUUGUUGGCUUCCGGAUCAGAGGACGAAACUUGUAGAAUAUGGGAUGUUAGAACGGGUAAGGCCGUUAAAGCGUUUGCAAAACAAGGGGCAGCAGUUAGCAGCGUACGAUUCGCAUCCAAAGCAAGCAUAUCCCAAUUCUAUAUGGCGGUUGGAUCCAAGGUCCUUGUGUUUGAUAUGAGAAACUCGGACAUGAUUCUAUCUGAAGCGUCCAAAGAAUAUGAAUUCUCUGAAGAUGAGAUCAACACAAUAGAUAUAAAUGAGAAGAAUACAUUUUUAUGUACAGCUGAUGACCGUGGUGAAGUCAAGGUGAUUGAUCUUGAAUCACACAAGCUAUACAAACAGUUUCGAAGCAAACAUAAAAAUCUAUGCAUGGCAGCUUGCUUCAGACCGAAAAAGCCUUGGGAACUGUGGUCAGGAGGCAUGGAUAAUACUAUUUGCCAAUGGGAUAUUUCACGGGGCAGUAUGGUAACAAGCUACGAUACAAAUCAGACCGAUCCGACCGCCCACCAAAUGGUAAACCCUCCUUUCGUUUAUUCAUUGCGAAUAAACCAUGAUGGUACUUGGGUAGCCGCUGGUUUAGGCGACGGCUCUGUCCAAGUGAUCAAACUCGAAGCCAAGUCUAAAAAGGUGUCUGUCAAAAGACUGAAUGAUGCUCAUGGCACACUUGUGAACAGCUUGGCAUAUGUCAAUCCCACCACGGAGCCAUUGCUGUGGUCAGGUUCAGCGAACGGUCAAUUGGCAUUAUGGAAUUUAGGAUCGUUGGAGACAGAAGCUCCGAUACAACAAAGCAAGAUUGCAAUGGCUAAGCUGAACUGCAUCGAAGCUCUCAAUAUCGAUACUUCUCCAGUAUUGGCUGCUGCAGGCGUGACUAGCAAUAACGAAGGAGCCCUUCAUUUAUAUGACACAUCACAAUAACAUCAAGUGGAAGCAAUUCCAAGCUCUUUCUUGUAUUUGUACAAAACCCUCUAUGU